AUGGAGCCGGCUACCAGUGCCGCGCCGGGAACAGAGCAAGGAGGCGAGGCUGUGCCCUCGAUAGCCCAGAUUCAGAAUCUGCUGCGGUCAAAGGACGACACGUCAAGGUUCGUCGGCCUUGCGCUCCUCAAGUCAGUGCUGGACCACUCACCCGACCUGCAAAAAGAUGACGGCAUCGUCCAAGGGCUGUGGGAUUGCAUCUCGCCCAAAUUCCUUGGCCGCCUCUUGAAGUCGGGCUCCCAGCCAGGCCAAGAUGGGUCUCAGUCGAGGGACAUGCUUGACUUGGCCGUGGCCGUCUUGCAUACUUUCACUGUUCUCCUGCCCGAGACUGCGAGGAAAGAAGAGAGGUUGCUCAAAAAGAUACCUGCCUUGACUGCAGCAGUAUUAUACAGCUCCAAGGAGACGACGGGGGUUAUCCUGGAGACCUUGCUGAGCCUUGUGUCGAGCCCAGAGGGCGCCGCGAUCUUCGCCCAGCUAGGCUUGGACGAGAUUUCUCCCUUACUGGAGAUCGCUCCUGAGUAUCAACAUGUAUUGCCUAUUCUGCAGUGGUCGUGGCAGCUAGGCCCUUCCUUAGUGCAGGACUUGCACGACCGAGCACGGAUUCGACUUAAUAUCGAGCAGGGCAUUCAGGCUCUUGUCUCUGCUUUCCGCGGGACUGACGGCACCAGCCUCCUCGAAUUCCUUACAUUCCUUUCGAGCCUGGACUUGGAUCUCAUACCUCGAAACCCUCCGUGGCUCGAGUCGGUUGUCAAGCUGAUUCGCAAGUUGAGUACGAACCGUCCGUCUGCCCAAAGCCGUUCAGCAUACACGAAUUGUGCUGGCACACUAUUACUCCUGUACCCGGAGACGAUGCCGAAUCUCUUGUUCAGAGGUGAGCCGUCCGACACGGGCAAGCCCUUCUCGUUCUUGUUCAUCAGCCUCGUAUUGGUCGACAUCCGAGCAACUUUGCCUUCAUUGUUGGAUAAAUUGAACGACCCAGAGUACGCUCAAGUCUCAAGAAGGUUGACAUCGGCCCUGGACAUCCUUACUGCUUUCAUCGGCCAUCUGAUCGCUUGGAUGGAGAAGUUGGAUAGCCCAGAAGACGGUACAGCAGCUUCAACAAGCGACGCACUUAACCUCGAGCCAGACUUGAUGCUCAAGCUCAGCAAGUCCAUUGCCGAGACGAUCUCGGUCACCAUGGAGUUCCUGAGAGAUCGCUGGGAUGCGUCUGUUGCGGGAGCACACGGUCUGCAUCGUGAAGCCCGUGCCGGACAAGCGCACACCUCCUCGGGCUCACACAUGACCCUGGCAUGGGACUCGAAGGGCGACAACGCCACUACAGAUCCGUUGACGCUGUCGGCCAUCCGAGCUAUUGCCAUGUGGCUCCGCGACGACGAUGGAGACGCACUGCGCGAGCAGGGCGCAGGACUGAUGGACAUGUUGUUGGAAUUGUAUCAAAGCAGCACCUCUGGCCCCACGCAGUCCAACCCCCAAGGCCUGGACUAUCGCCUGCCGAUCCUGACAGCACUGGAAGGCAUCCUGCGGACAGCGAAUGGGAUUGAGGCGUUCGCGUCGGAAAACGGAUGGUCAACGCUGACGAAAGAUCUGCUGGGCGUGCUCUCCAGCGCAUCGGACGCGAGCACCAUGCUGCCUGGCGACUGCAUCCGCGGCACCCGGAUCGUGUUUGUACUAGACUUGGUGAUGGACACGGAAAGGAGCACCCCAGAACAGUGGAUGGACGUGGUCACCGGCGUCGCAGCAUUCGAUGCACCAGAUGACCCUGCCAAGCUCCGGGAGCAGGAGCUGGUCGAUUUCCUCGUCGAUGUGGUUUGGAUGGCUGCCAAGCUGCUGCAGGGCGCAAGUGAGGGCAUGCGGCGGAGAUACGUGCACUCUGGCAGGGCUGUGCGUGGCAUUGCCGAGCGACUCAAGAGCGCCAUAGCUCCAGCCAGCCAUUCUGCAUCCGAACUGGCUGAGGCGAUCAAAUUGCUUGAUAGCAUGUAG